UUUGAAAUUUGUGAGUCAAUGCUGGCAAAAUUUUUUGAUUCAAGAACAUUUUACCACCUCACUGUCCUCUGGACACUCGUACGUCAUCCGUCUAGUCUAGCAGCUGCAGGCUUCAGAGAAGGUACACCCACACUAGCUGCUGAUAAGACCAGACCUCCGUUCACUGGCAAGACUACACGCCUACGUAUUGCAAUUCACUGAUGGCCCGAGUUGAGGAGCCUGGACAUCCGCGGGAUGAGGAGCCUGGACACUCGAACGGUCAGGAGCCUGGACACCCGCACGUUGAGGAGCCUGAACACCCUAACGGUGAGCAGAAUGCACACACGCACGUUGCGAGUCCAGUAAUCUCAUGCAAGAUCAGUCCAAGUCUGCACACUCAGCAAUCCGAUGUUCAGGCUUCGUCACAGAGAGAUGUCCAAUUUACCGACAUUUCCAAGUUCCAAAUAAUGAAGGUUCUGCGUCACAGCGACUACUCCGUCCAACUAUUGGCCCAACAUGUCGCCUUGCCUGGCAAGGCCGUGAUCACUUUGAAGAAGGCGCGUUUUGAUGUUGACGAGCGGAGGCUGCAGGAGGUGAUCUCUAGCAGCCGCUGCCUGACGGAGCUGCUGCGCAACGACGUCUUCAGCCACCACACCGCCCACCUGCCGCCCCACCUCAACAAGGUGGAAGUGACCAUCAAAUAUCCGGUAGCGGAAGCUGCGUUCACAACUUUCGACGCCGGUCGCUUGGUUGCGGUGAGUGAGACGGCGGAGCUCUACGCGUCCCACUCCGCGGCCUACAUCAGGAGUCGGAGAAAGUUUCACAAGCAGUGGAUUUACAACAUCCUGGACGACAAAUGCGAAGCAGAUCGCGUCAUCCUGCGUGACUCCGACCCCCUGAAUGGCUUCGUGCUGCUGUCAGACAUGAAGUGGACGGGGGAGAAGCUGAGCGACCUCUUCUGCCAGGCCAUCGUCAACCGCAGGGACUUGGCCAGCCUCAGGGACCUGACGAGGGACUGCCUGCCGCUCCUCUACAACAUCCGCGACAAGGGCACGAUGGCUAUUGAGGAGAAGUACGGCGUGAAGGCGAACCAGCUGCGCGUGUACCUGCACUACCUGCCUUCCUUCUACCACCUACACGUGCACUUCGCCUCCAUCAACUCCUGCCAUGAAGGCAUGGAGUACGGCAAGGUACACCCGCUGGACAUGGUAAUCAAUAACCUGGAAAUUAAAUCUGAUUACUACAGUAAAGUGACUCUCACAUUAGUAGGCAACGAUAGUCACCCGCACCCUCUGCUGCGUAGGGAUGAAAUGAACGGUGAAGCCUUCAUGCCAGUCUGCGGGAAGAGGAAGCGAGAAACUGAAGACCCGCCUCUACUUGACUUGCCUCAUUCCAGCGGGUCUCCUAGAGACCAGGGUCCGCCCACGAAGUUGGCCCGAAGAUCCCCGAAAAACCCGAUGCUGCCGACGUUUCCGAACGGCCCAGGGGCGGCCACCUCGCCUGGGCAGAUAUUCGAUUCGAUACCCGCGUGCAUUACAGGCGUUCCGUCCGCCGCGGCGUCGCAUGCGGCUGGAGAGGCGCCGGGAACGAGCGCUGCAACGCAGGCCCAAGCAGCCGUGGAUAAAGGGAAUGCGAGGACUCGAACUGGCGCUCGUGGACCUAAUAGAGAAGAAUCUAUUUCUAAUGCGGAUCCACGAUCUCUCGCGCCUAAAAGAAGAAGAACUCGGAAGAAUGCCAGAAGAACACGGAAGAAGGUCAAACGAACACGGAGGAAUGCCAGAGCUAAGAACAAGGAACAAUCGAAUAAUCGAGAUGGCUGAGUGUUCCGCAGUGCAGGAUGCGUCCCAGGCUGUCCCAACUGUCACGUCCCUAAUAGGAAGACUAGGAAGAAGCUGCUCUUCAGCUAAGCCUGAAUUGUUCAUGUGAUGCUGAGGAAAAUAUUACCUUUCGGGAACUGUUAUUUCGUGAGAUUCUAACUGAAGGCAAUAUUCUCAAUCAUAUAAUCGAAAUGGUUGUCCGAGUGGUCUAGUUGCAGCCGUUGAUUACGCUGCGUCAAUACUUGAAAAAAAAAAAAAACAUUUAAUAAUAAUUGUAAUAGAUGUAACAGAAUCUUUCAAAGUUUAUUGCGGUCUCGAACUCGCAACUCACUGCUCCGAUUUUGCUGUGCUUGACCGCCCAUAGUUCUUGCAGAUUUGACAAGAACUGUCACUGGUAGAUGGGAUCGAACCCAUAGCACAAUGUAUGAAUAUGAUAUAACGUGAUGAUGAUAUGGAAAAAUAGAUUAUUUUUUUAGUCUCUUGAUUAGUAACAACUCUUAUAAAUUCUGUGCUGUAAUAGCAUGAGAAUAUUAUGUUCUUUUAUUUUACGGUGAUUAAUUAAU